CACAAGGUCAAGACGUGGUAUUUCAUAAUGUGUGUACGUAUAUCUCAGGAUUUCUAAGCAUUUUGUACUCGAUACUAGAGGUGUAUGGACAACACUAUCAUGGCGACAACGGCUAAGACCUUCCUCCUCGUUUCCCUCAUCGGUAGCGCCCUCUCACAGCGUCCAAAUAUUGUAUUCAUCGUUGCAGAUGAUCUAGGUUGGAAUGAUGUUGGGUUUCGGAACAGCGAAAUGUUGACACCUAAUAUGGACAAAAUGGCGCGAGAAGGCGUGAUACUGGACAGACACUACGUGCAGCCGCUAUGCAGUCCAUCCCGGAGUGCCUUUAUGUCAGGUGUCUAUCCCUUCAAAUCUGGCCUUCAGCAUGACGUCAUACAAGCCGGGCAGUCGGUAUGCCUGCCCCUGAACUACACCAUCAUUCCCCAGGAGAUGAAGAGACUGGGAUACGCCACGCACAUGGUGGGCAAGUGGCACCUUGGGUUCUGUGACUGGGCAUGCACACCAACCUUCCGGGGCUUCGACUCGUUCUUCGGCUACUAUAACUCAGAGGAAGACUAUUAUAUGCAUAAUAUGUCCGGGUUUCUAGACUUCAGGAACAAUCAAGAAGCGGAAUGGGAUUACGAGGGACAAUAUUCUGCGUGGGUGUUCACACAGAAGAUCGUCAAUGUGAUAAACGCUCACAACAAGGAGCAGCCGCUGUUCCUGUAUCUGCCCUUCCAGAACGUCCACUUCCCCACAGAGGUUCCCAAGAUAUAUGAAGACAAGUUCCCACAUGUUGUGAAUACAGGAAGGCGGAUCUUCGACGGGAUGGUGAACGCCCUUGAUGAAGCUAUAGGGAACGUGACCGACGCCUUGAAGGAGAAGGGACUGUACGACAACACGCUGUUCCUGCUUACAGCUGAUAACGGAGGUGAGAUAUUCAGCCACGGCAACAACUGGCCCCUGAGAGGAGGCAAACACUCUCUGUGGGAGGGGGGUACGAGGGUGACGGCGUUAAUGGCAGGGGCGGGACUUCAGAAGACAGGCUACACGUAUGAUGGAAUGAUCCACGCCGUAGACUGGCUGCCGACUUUGGUUUCAGCGGCUGGAGGAACGCCAGUGACCAACAGAGAUGGAAUAGAUCAGUGGGACUCUAUCAGGAAUGGCCUCCCGUCAAAGAGAACCGAGUUCAUCUACAAUCUGUACGACCUUAUCAUACCGAAGGAAGGCCAGGCCGCUAUUAGGAUUGGUGAUUACAAGCUGCUAAUGGGUUUCCCGGGAACACAAGAUGGCUGGCAUCGACCUAUGAACAACACGGCCGAUGAUAUUUAUGAAACAACUAUAUAUGAUCUCAACCCAGAUAAACUGCAACUUUUUAACGUGAUGGAUGACCCCACAGAGAGACAUGACCUCGCCUCCAAGCUACCAGACGUUGUCGCCAAGCUGAAAUCUCGCCUUCUGGAGUACAAGAAGCAGAUGGUCGCUCCUAACUACCCUGCUACGAACCCUAACAGCGAUCCCAGAAAAUACGGCAACACGUGGACACCUGGCUGGUGCAAACUCUAAUACCUUUAUUACUGCAGCACUUUGCCCAGUGCCAGGAUUUCCAGGAUUGGUCUUGGUGUAUGAAAUACUCAUCAUCCUCACUGCUGAUCCCUACUCUGUAUUGACGUAUGUGUAAAAUAAAUACGUAUGACUACU